UCGUAUCGUUAAAUCAAUCAAAACGCAGGAUAUGUUGAGCUAGCUUCACAAAAUGGCGGAAGAUAAUGUCCUGUGGGUUGGUGGACUUGUAGACGAAGUCACAGAAGAUUUACUUUACGAACUUUUCCUUCAGGCAGGACCAUUGGAUAAAGUGUCUCGACCAAAAGAGAAGGACGGAAGUUUAAGAAAGUUUGCCUUUGUUGAGUUUAAACAUGCAGAAUCUGUCCCAUACGCCAUUCAGGUGAUGGAUGGUACAAAACUGUUUGGUCAACAUCUUCGCUUGAAGGGACGUACAGGUUCGUCACAGGGUGGGGGAAUAACUUCUGCACCUGCUGGCAGUGCUUAUCCUGUACACUCUCAUCAGAUUUUAGCACCUUCUUCGCCAUCACGAAAUUAUUCAGGCUCACGUACCACACCAGACUAUCAAAGGUCAAGAUCUUACCAUGGUGGUGAAGACAGCAGAAGAGGUCACGAUACUUCUUCCCCACAUUUAUCUUCACACACAUCCUAUCCUGGUCACAAUCAUCAUAGAUACCCAGAUUCCAAGAAGGGUACAGCCAGUGAUGGUAAUACUGGUCAUGAUAGUAUUCCUUUCAACGGACCAGCAGGGCCCCUCAGUCAGUCAUUUAGCAAUAUGACAGCUUUUGCACCAUCCAAUAUGCAGCCUCACUCCAUUGAUGACAGGAGAAAUAGACUGAUGCAGCAGCAAGCUAUAUCUCUGCAUGCUCAUGCAAACCGCAUGGGUAACCAACAACAAGGUUAUAACUUCAACUAUGCUCAGAGCUUUGCAGGCUAUAGCUAUGGGCAACAGAUGCAGCACCAACAACAGUGGUAUCCACCCAAUCAGUAAUGACUCAUGUGAAGGUUUGUUCAGCUUUGGAUUGUGAUGAGACCGUGGAUAAACAGAAUAUCUCCAGAUAUAUGACUGUAGUAAAUUUUCACAGCUUUCUGCAUGUGUUCCUCUGGAUUGGACUUUCCUGUUCACAUGUUGAUUUCAUACCAAACAGAAGACAGGAUACUGCCUCUCCUUUCCAAUUCAAUUUGUAGACAUUAUUGGUAUAAAUGUGUGCAUUGAGUAGUUGAAAUAUGGUUGAUAAUUGUGCAAUGCUGUGGAUGUGGUUAGUAACUGUUUACAUGAGACAUGCCAGAGACCAUGUAUAUUCUUCUGAGAAAUGUUUUUUCCAAAAAGUCUUUAUGGGUCAAUUGUUUGGCACUUUCAUAAGUUUGAAAUAGAUGGAAAAGGCACUAUUCAAUCUUGACAUCCUUCAAGUUCAGUAUUUUUCAAAUGAUUUUAUAUUGAUUUUAAGUAGUGUAUAUCUGAACAGUCAUUUUAAUUGCUUAAUUAUUAGCAUUUCAUUUAAUUUAUAGGGUAUAGAAUGUUGUAAAUUUUUUGUUGUUUAAAACAGCCACAUGAUUGAUACAUGUCUUUUGAGAAAAAAAGCAUCUGUUGUGACAAAUCUUAAAUAGUUAUUUCACAUUAGGCACAAUUCAAUAUCUGACAUCACCAUUCAUAGAAAAAAGUUUAAUAAUUUUCUUAAAAUUGUUCUCAGAGGACCUGUUGUAAAUAAACUGAUAAAACCGCGAGUUUUCCUUCAAUGCUUUGUAUGUAAACAAUCUGGUGACUAGGCAAAUAAGAAUUGUGAGAAAUAUUCUCCUGUGUGAUAUAAUAUUCUUUUGUUUAAAACAGUUGUACAUGUAUUUACAUCUUUUCUUUUAAUAGGGAAGUGUCUUGGUCUGACAUUGGCAUGAAUAAGGAGGGCGGAUGGAGUAGUUGUGAUCAUAGACAGAAAGUUGCAUCCUUUCUCCAUAACUUUACAGAUGUGAAAUUUAAAUACUUUGCAAAAACUAUUGAUGUGCUUUAUUUAAAUCCAACAAUUGGUGCUUGUACACCUGUAAUUUCUGCAAGCUGGAUCUAUAAAAAAAUAAAUACCGUGAUUAAAAUGGU